UUUUUCUUGGUCUUCUAUAUACUGGUUUGAAAUAUUGGAUUUGAAAGGCAGACAUGGCUGACUUGACUAAAUUGCUUUUGCUCUGGUCAAUAUUUGUGGUCAAUUAUAUGUAUCCAAGGUGAUGGGAAUUUCGCAGGAAAAAUGGUGGGGUUCAAGAACACUGAAAAUUAUUUGCACAAGUCACAAGUGUGAUUUCAGUCAAAAAAAUUGUUCGUGAUUUGUUAGAAGAGUAUUCGAAUAUGAUCUAUAAUAUGACAAGAUUAAAAAAUUGUACCAAGUAAUAAUUUAUCAAGAAUUCGCAUUUUGAGUGAAUCUAUCAGAUACCUGUUUCUUGAAAUAAAAUUUGGAAUCGUGAUAUUUGCUGAAAAUAAUUACUAGUGAUGAUGUGUGGUGUUAUAUGUUAGCAUAUGUAGUAGAAUUAACAAUAUUAGAUUGAAGAAGAAUGACAACGUUUGUAGAGUCAACCUGCAACCAGGUGUAUGGCAAAGCCAUCCUCCUCAGAAAAGUCAAUUUUGUUCACGGGUAAUCUGGAGUCAUUCCAGUUCAAAAGUUCACACUCAGUCCUCUCUCUCUAGAAAUUUGAUAAAAAAGCAUGCCAAGUUUUAGAAAAGUUAAGAUUCACCACCCUUGUAAUAAAAAAGCAGACGUCAUAAUUAAAUGCGGCAGGGGUCACUUUUGAUCAGGAAGAAAACCCAAAAAGAAGCAUAUCAUCUUUGAACUUGGGAUUGUUGAGUUUGUUUUAGUUUGAUAUUUGGCUAUGUCUGUGGAGUCGAGCUAUGGUUCAGCAGAUCAUGGUGGGCAUAACAUCAAAGGGGCGGCCACUCAUGGCGGGACAUACAUGCAGUACAACGUCUACGGGAAUCUAUUUGAGCUUUCGAGGAAGUAUGUUCCUUUUAGGCCUGUCGGCCGUGGUGCUUAUGGCAUUGUCUGCGCUGCUGUAAACUCCGAGACACGUGAAGAGGUAGCCAUUAAGAAGAUUGGCAAUGCAUUUGAUAACCGGAUUGAUGCAAAGAGGACGUUGCGAGAAAUAAAACUUCUGCGCCACAUGAAUCAUGACAAUGUAAUUGCAAUCAAAGAUAUCAUACGGCCACCUCAGAAGGAGAACUUCAACGAUGUCUACAUCGUGUAUGAACUCAUGGACACUGAUCUUCACCAUAUUAUCCAGUCCAACCAAACAUUGACAGACGACCAUUGUCGGUAUUUUCUCUACCAAAUACUGCGAGGACUUAAAUACGUUCAUUCCGCAAAUGUGUUGCACCGUGACCUCAAACCGAGUAAUUUGCUCCUCAAUGCUAACUGUGAUCUGAAAAUCGGAGAUUUUGGGCUUGCAAGGACGACAUCUGAGACUGAUUUCAUGACCGAGUAUGUUGUCACUCGCUGGUAUCGAGCACCGGAGCUGCUCCUAAACUGCUCUGAAUACACAGCUGCAAUCGAUAUCUGGUCUGUCGGCUGCAUAUUUGGCGAAACCAUGACGAGAAAACCUCUGUUUCCAGGGAAAGACUAUGUCCAUCAGUUGAGACUCAUCACAGAGCUCAUAGGCUCUCCAGACGAUGCCAGCCUUGGUUUUCUCAGGAGCGACAACGCCCGAAGAUACGUUAGGCAGCUCCCGCAAUACUUGAAACAACAGUUCUCCACCAGAUUCCCCAACAACAAAGCUAGCGCUCUGGAUUUACUAGAGAAAAUGCUCGUCUUCGACCCAAGCAAGCGUAUUACUGCUGAUGAGGCUCUCUGCCAUCCGUACUUGGCGCCUCUACACGACAUCAACGAGGAGCCUGUCUGCCCCCGCCCUUUUGUUUUUGACUUUGAGCUGCCAUCCUACACUGAAGAAAACAUCAAAGAGCUCAUCUGGAGGGAGUCUGUAAAAUUCAACCCCGACCCGACUCACUGAGGAAUAAUUGUAGUGGAUACUUAUUUGUCUAUUAUCUUUGCAGUUCAGUAUAUUGCUGUACAAAAAAGCUCAAGUUUAACCUUAA